ACAUUUACCUCAACACGUUCACCUGGGCUUUCGCCAAAUUGCGAGCAACUUGCAAAUUAGCAAGGGCGAAGACACCCGACUACCCGAGUUACUGGCCACUAGAAAAGACAUCCGAGUCGAUUCCAUUUUAGGUUGGAGUCUGGAAGAAAAAUGUUACAAGGACGACACCUCUGUUCUUGAAAAUCAAGGCAGCAAAAUCCCCACUGAUUCAAAACCCUAAUUCCGCUUCAACAACAACCACAAUGUCAAUUUCAAAUCUCCUAGAAGAGAUUCAAGUUGAGAUUCUUAUAAAAUUACCCGUAAAUUCCAUCUCAAUUUGUAGAUGUGUAUGCAAAUUCUGGUAUACACUUCUCAACAACCCUAGAUUCAUCAAAAAUCAGUUAAUUCGAAGUAAUAACAAUCCUAGACUUCUGCUUACUCAUUCUCGUUACUGGUCAGGUAAGGAUCCCAAAAUUUACUCUAUAGAUUAUGAUUCAAUAUUGUCGCCACCAUCAUCUUCAGUAUCAUUAGCAAUAUCAUGUGAAUAUGAAUGUAACGGAGCUGUGAAAUUGGAUUAUCCAUUUAUAAACGAACCGCGUAUUGAAUUUCAAUUACUUGGUUCUUGUGAUGGUUUGGUUUCAUUUGGUGUAUCUAGUGGUACACUUGAUGUUGAUCAGGAGAAUAGUAUAUGUAUCUGGAACCCAUCUAUUGGUGAGUAUAAGAAAAUAUCGAUGCCGUUUUCUGAUUUUAUAGGGGGUCAGGAAUGGGAUUGGAAAUGCAAUGCUAGAUAUGGAAUUGGCUAUGACUGUAUUGUUGAUGAUUAUAAGCUGGUGAGGAUUGGGGAUUCUGAAAAUUCUGGUCGUUUCCAAGUCGAGGUGUAUACUUUAGGGCUGGAUUCAUGGAAAACUGUUGAAUUUAUCUGUUACUCGUUCCGUCAUGGGAUAAGAAGGUUUCCUGGUGUGCUUCUCAAUGGAACUCUUCAUUGGUUGGGUAUUUCUGUCGUACAAGAAUUGUCAUAUGAUGUUAUAGUAUGUUUUGAUAUCAGCAAUGAGAGACUUAUUGAGAUACAGUUUCCCGAAGGAAUUAUGACACCACAAGUAGGUGGGGAGCAAGAAUCGUACCAUAUAAAUCUGGGAGUGUUGGGAGACCGCCUUUGUUUAGCUGUUGGUGAUGUUGGUGUCGAAAUUGAAAUGUGGGUGAUGCAAAAGUAUGGAGAGCGACGCUCUUGGACCAAACAGUUUACCACUACCCAACUAUCCAUGACCCAAUAUUCAUUUAUUAAGCCGAUAUGGUCAUAUGAAAAUGGGGAGAUUCUGAUAGAUACUUGCAAGGAUUUGAUUUUGUAUGAUCCAAAGUGUGGAGGAGUUAGAGUAGAGCGUGUUCGUGAUGAUAUUAAGAGCAGGAACCGAGGGAGUUAUGUGGAGAGCCUGGUUUCACCUAAGUCAGGUAUUUAUGUGGAGAAAUUGACUACCGACGGAGAUAUAAAGAAGCCUGAGCAACAAAGAUUGAGGUACUUUGGAAUCACUGGGAACAAAAAAAGGAGAGCAAAAAGAGCUUGCUACUGUUGUGCAAGAAGGAAGUGAAGAAUCAACUGUCACUUCCCCACAACUGACAGUUGAGCGAGAAAGUGAAUAAGCAGUCGGUUCUCUGAAACUGACAGGCAAAUGAUAACUGGGUAGAUCCUAUCCAUUUCAAAGAAAGGACUUGUUUAGCAAAGAACGGGGCCAAAACAGUGGGCGGGUAGAACACUAACUGAUCCCAUUAACGAUAAAAAAACAAAGAACAGAAAACAUGUAUUUAACCUUGUCAGUUAAAAGAAGUUUCGGAACAUUAGAAUUUGAUUAGAGGGUUUUGGAAUACGGAUCAAUGUUAAAUUCAGGCUGAAAAAUAAUAGGUAGACUGUUCUUUUUUGGGGCCA